AUGACGAGCGCCGCCCUUGCUGCUCCGGCGCCCGUCGACGCCAAGAAGGCGUCGGCCUUCCUCAACAUGCCCGCCGUGCAGCGCGACGCCCACGCCUUCCAGCGCGCCCAGCUCGAGGGCCUGGCGACGAAGCGCUUCUUCUACACGCAGGCGUUUGAGAUCUACGGCGGCGUCGCCGGCCUCUUCGACUACGGCCCCACGGGCGCGGCGCUGCAGAGCAACAUCAUCAGCGUCUGGCGCAACCACUUCAUCCUCGAGGAGGAGAUGCUCGAGCUCGACACGACGAUCAUGACGCCCGCCGAGGUGCUCAAGACCAGCGGCCACGUCGACAAGUUUGCCGACUGGAUGUGCAAGGACAUGAAGAACGGCGAGAUCUACCGCGCCGACCACCUCGUCGAGGGCGUGCUCGAGGCGCGCCUCGCCGGCGACAAGGAGGCGCGUGCCGGCGCUGCAGGUGCGCCCGCCGCGGCGGCCAGUGCGCCCGCCGAGGGCGGCGAGGAGCCGGCCAAGAGCAAGAAGAAGAAGAUCAAGAGCGUCGCACAGCGCCUCGACGAUGCCGUCGUGGCCGAGUACGAGAGCACGCUGGCGCAGAUCGACAACUACACCGGCCCCGAGCUCGGCGGCCUGAUCAAGAAGUUCGGCAUCAAGGCGCCCGAGAGCGGCAACGACGUCUCGGACCCCGUCGAGUUCAACCUCAUGUUCGACACGCAGAUCGGCCCCACCGGCCAGAUCAAGGGCUACCUGCGGCCCGAGACGGCGCAGGGCCACUUUGUCAACUUCUCGCGCCUGCUCGAGUUCAACAAUGGCCGCGUGCCGUUUGCCAGUGCGCACAUCGGCAAGAGCUUCCGCAACGAGAUCAGCCCGCGGGCGGGUCUGCUGCGCGUGCGGGAAUUCACGAUGGCCGAGAUUGAGCACUACGUCGACCCGCUCGAGAAGACGCACGAGCGCUUCGAGGAGGUGGCGCACCUCGAGCUGCCGUUCCUGCCCAAGGACGUGCAGCAGGCGGGCAAGUCGGACAUCAAGACGCUCUCGAUUGGCGAGGCCGUCAAGAGCGGCAUGGUGGACAACGAGACGCUCGGCUACUUCCUCGGCCGCAUCCACCUCUUCCUGCUCAAGAUCGGCAUCAACCCGGCGCGCCUGCGCUUCCGCCAGCACAUGGGCAACGAGAUGGCACACUACGCCUCGGACUGCUGGGACGCCGAGAUCCACACCAGCUACGGCUGGAUCGAGUGUGUCGGCUGCGCAGACCGCAGCGCCUACGACCUGACGGUGCACAGCAAGAAGACGGGCCGCGCCCUCGUCGUGCAGAAGGCGCUCAAGGAGGCAAAGGUGUACGACAAGCUCGUGCCGUCGAUCAACCGCAAGGCGCUCGGCCCCAAGUUCAAGAAGGAGGCCAAGCAGGCCGAGGAGGCCAUCCUUGCGCUCGAUGCCGCGGGCCUCGAGAAGCUGCAGAGCGAGCUCAAGAACGGCCCGGCCAAGGUCGGCCCGUACGAGCUGACGCCGGACCUCGUGAGCGUCGAGCUCAAGACGAUCCGCGAGUCGGUGCGCGAGUUCACGCCCAACGUGAUUGAGCCGUCGUUUGGCAUCGGCCGCAUCUUCUACGCGCUGCUCGAGCACUCGUUCUGGUCGCGGCCCGACGACAAGGACCGCGGCGUGCUGAGCCUUGCGCCGCUCGUGGCGCCGAUCAAGUGUCUCGUCGUGCCGAUCAGCUCGAACAAGGAGCUGGCGCCGCUCGUCAAGAGCGUCGGACGGCGCCUGCGUGCCGCGGGCGUCUCGAGCCGCGUCGACGACUCGAGCGCCACGAUUGGCCGGCGCUAUGCGCGCAACGACGAGCUGGGCACGCCCUUCGCCUGCACGCUCGACUUUGCCAGUCUCAGCAAGGGCACCAUGACGAUCCGCGAGCGCGACUCGACGGCGCAGCGCAUCGGCAGCAUCGACGAUGUCAUUGCGGUGAUGAAGGAGCUCUGCGACGGCAGCCUCGAGUGGGCCGGCGCCUGCGAGCGGUUGCAGGAGUACAGCGGCGAGCAGGCCGUCUAG